AUGCCUGCAUCCCUGACCAGUCACCUCCUUACCACCUUCUCACCUUCAUAUGAACGAGCGACUCGACAUGCGUUCUUGAAGGCCGCAGGGGAGCGCACUCUCGACAAGGAGACGCUUUCAGCCUGGUUGACACAGGAUUAUAUCUACACCCGCGGUUACCUCAAGCUUGUCGGGCUAAUCCUCUCCCGGUACACCGAAGCACCCCUCGACGUCCGGAGACAGCUAGUCAAACUCCUUAGUACGGGCCUCAACAACGUCUCAGAAGAGCAGGCGUUUUUCCUUAGUCAGGCUGAGGAACAUGGUCUCGAUAUACGCACAGUUCCGGCUGGCGUCAAGGCCAUCCUGUCGGGCGAAGUGCGGCCAUACAUGCUUCCCCUACCUGAUACUGCCGCGUAUGUCGAUUUUAUGAUUGCAACUGGAACUCAGGGAACAAUUGAGGAAGCCCUUGUUCUACUCUGGGCUACUUGCUACCUCGAAGCAUGGACUUUCGCGUCCCAAUGCUCCCCGGCCGAGACACCGGGCCCUGCUGCUGCGGCGUUAGACAAAUUUAUCCAUAACUGGAGCCACCCCGAAUUCCGCCAGUUUGUCGAUGAACUUGGCGAGGUUGUCGACCAACUCGGUGUUACAGUGGACAGGAAUGACAGUAGCUGCGAGAAGGCGGAAGGCGUUAUGUACCGCGUUCUCCACCUGGAGGAGAUGUUUUGGCCGAAGAUGUGA